UAUUCUUUCAGGAAUGGGUGGUAGUGAUAGGGCGGUUCGAGGAAAUCCGAGAGGGCGCGGACCGGGGAUAGCCGGGCAAGCCAAUCGGGGGAUAUCAAGGUCGCGUAAAAGGCGAGGUAUGGGCAACCAAGGCCCACAAACACGAGCUGCGAUGGCUGAUCACAAUGUGACUGAAUUCGAGUCGUGGAACUCGGAGGAUGACUCAACUUAUCAGCCUGAAAGUGAGUCUGAAGAAACUUCUUUUGAAGGAAACGAUGGAGAGGAUAUGCACAGAAUUCCUCCUGAUCAGAUUAGUGAGAUGUACCGAUGGUACCAGCGGGAAAGGGAAAGGCAACGACAGAGAUCCCAGGUGGGACAUGUCAGAGACGACACCUCUCGCAGGAGGGGUCGGGGUGCUCAUAGAGUACAGGUUAAGACAAUUAGAGAUUCUGAUGGUGAAGGACCAUUCAUUAAGAUCUCAAAGUACCUCAAAGAGGCUAGGGCCUUGGGGUGCAAACCGUUUGAUGGGACGGGGGACAUAUCGGAAGCAGCCGAGUGGAUAAAAAGGUUAAAUGAUGCAGCUGAUGACAUGCAGGUGGUCCCUGAACGAAAGUUAAGGGUAGCCACUAGAUUAUUGGAGGGUUUAGCUUCUACUUGGUGGGAGGGCACCAAGGGUAAGUUUGACGGGGUUGUCACGUGGGACAACUUCGAGCAAGCAUUUUAUGAGCAGUUUUACACCUCUUUCGAAGUAAAUCGAAAGAGGAGGGAAUAUAUCGAUCUCAAACAGGGAAAUGAGUUUACGGUGAAGCAACUGGAACAAAGAUUCCGACAUCUGGCAAGGUUCUUGCCUGAGUAUGCCGCAAAUGAGAACCGAAUGGCAAACCAUUUUUGGAAUGCACUCAAUUUGGAAAUACGCGAAAGAGCGACCUACCAAUUCAACAUGACUUUUAGUCAAGUAGUGGCCCAAGGUCUUCAGGGGGAGGAGCUUUGGAAGGAAAGGCAAGAAAGGGAUGCAAAGGAAGCACAAGAAAGAGAUCAAGUGAUGAUUCACCCUCCACGACGAGAGGGAAAAUAUGAACUUCAGAGCAAGGGGGACUCUAACAAGUUAGUUCCGUUUUUCAGUGAGAGUCAAAACUUGGUAAGUCAAAGCUCAAGCACUCGGGGCACGGGGGCACCCAAAUGUGAGAAUUGUAGGCGAAGGCACUACGGGAGAUGUCGAGAGCCAUCUAGAUGUUACUUUUGUGGAGAAACAGGCCACAUCAAGGUUCUUUGUCCUCAACGUACGCGUGAAGGAACAUCAGGAGCUAGAGAAGGGGUCACGGGGGUUGAAAACCCAACUAGGGUUGCCUCAAACAUGGUACCUUCUAAAAGUCAAUGGCGAACUCGCUCGUAAAGGCCGAGAAUGGCGGAAGCCAUUUGUUAGGCCCGACCAUGGCAUAAGGUUGAAGCUAGAGCUUACUUCCUGCACCCGUUGCUCGGGAGAUCGAUGGAGAGAAGACGUGGUUCGUGCUUCCUCCGGUUCUAUUUCUAAAUAAUUAAAUAAUGCUCAUGGAACUAUUUUGACUUAUAAAUUAAUGGAGCCUGCGAGCUCUUGUUUUACCCUUGUGUGGGUUCUUAUUAAACACUUAUAUUCCGCUAUGUGUUUGAUUGUAUGUUGAUGUUGUUAUGUAUGUUUACUAAUCGGUUUUGGCAUAUGUAUCUAUCGGACGUCUUGUGCAAUUCGGUAAGGAUGAACUGCGGUUAUUCUUAUUGGAUUGUACGACGGUUGUCCACGUGGCACAGACGCGGUCUGGGGCGUGACAAAAUGUCUCUUAUAAAUAGAACCCAGCUCCAUUGUAUUCACAGGCCACUCAUUCGAAUGAUACUCUAAUUUUCACUCUAUUUUGCUUACUUGGCAUC